AAAGAGAACCGGAUUAGUGGGUAAAGUGUCGCAGCGGGAGGGCAGCGGUCCUCUUUCUGCUCGGUUUUCUUCGCCCAUGUCCGGUGAUCCGGGCGAGAAUACUGCUUGGAACAGCGGCGGACCGUUGGCUGACGAAGUUAUCGAAUCAGUGAUCCGAGAGGUGCAGCAGAGGCAACUGCAGGGAGGGUGUCCUGUUAAUUUUCCUCCGCAAUAUCCUUCGCCGUCCUCUGUUCUGGCUGGGGGCGGUGGCCAUGUUAUUUGUGAACCCUGCUGCUACUCGCCAAUUGAGAAGGAGACACUCGAUACUCGGUGGGAAGAUGAUUGGCUGAUUAGUGGAGAAGACAUUGGAUCAAUGAUCCGAGAGUUGCAGGCGGAGCAAGGCGGCGGUUCUGCUUUUCCAGAAUAUUCCUCGCCGCCGUCCUCUGUUCUGGCCGGGGGCGGUGGCCAUGUGAUUUGUGAACCCUGCUGCUACUCGCCAAUUGAGAAGGAGACAUUCAAUACUCCUUGGGAAGAUGAUUGGCUGAUUAGUGGAGAAGACAUUGGAUCAAUGAUCCGGGAGUGGCAGCCGGAGCAGGGCGGCGGUCCCGCUUUUCCAGAAUGUUCCUCGCCGCCAUCCUCUGUUUUGGCUUCCUCCUCAAGUCAGCAGGGGACACUCAGAGAAGAAGAUGUGGAUUCACUGAUCCAAGAGUUGUUGUGUUAGGGCCUUACUAUUUUGAAGUGAUCCAUCAUUUUUGGUUCUAAUGGCACUUACUGUGUUAUUCAUUACAUCAUAUUAUCUUGAGAAUGAUCUUAAUUUGGUCGUGAAGCAUAUGUAAA